CCCCGAAGCGCACACGUUCUGACCAAUCAGAGAGCGCGUUAGAACCCAAUCCCGGCCGGCGAGGCCUCACGCAGUCAGCCAAUCAGGUCGAAGCUUGCAUCCCCCGCUGAGGUCCUGGGGAGAGGAGGAGGGGAGAAGCAGACUGCUUGGAGGCGGCAAGAUGGCGGCCGGGUGCUGACGGUUCGCCGAUUCCCAGCCGUUGUCGGAUGUAGUUUGAUGGGAUUGAAGAAUUUACGAAGGAGGAGAGAAGGAAGCGAGUGUAUCUGAGGCCUUGCUUCUUAUUUGUCUGUCGGUAUAGCGGGAAGAGAGGCCGAGGCUCCGCCUAGCACGGCGGCCAGCAGACAUCUUCUUCCAUAGUCCUAUUAAUAAUCAUCGGCGGUCCCGCCAUGACUUCCAUUCACUUCGUGGUCCAUCCGCUGCCUGGGACCGAGGACCAGCUCAAUGACCGGUUAAGAGAAGUUUCUGAGAAGCUCAAUAAAUAUAACUUAAGCAGUCACCCCCCAUUGAAUGUACUGGAGCAGACGACUAUAAAACAGUGUGUGGUUGGACCGAAUCAUGCUGCUUUCCUCUUGGAGGAUGGAAGAGUUUGCAGAAUUGGCUUCCUGGUCCAGCCAGACAGACUUGAAUUGAGUAAACCAGAGAAUAAUGAUGGUUCAAAGUUGAACAGUGGCUCAGGGGCAGGAAGGACAUCCAGGCCAGGCAGGACUAGUGACUCUCCCUGGUUUUUGUCUGGUUCUGAGACUCUGGGCAGACUGGCAGGCAACACCCUUGGCAGUCGAUGGAGCUCUGGAGUAGGUGGAAGCGGUGGUGGAUCUUCUGGUCGCUCGUCAGCUGGGGCUCGCGACUCUCGGAGACAAACGCGUGUCAUUCGCACCGGACGAGACAGGGGCUCUGGUCUCCUGGGUAGUCAACCACAGCCUGUGAUUCCAGCUUCAGUGAUACCAGAAGAACUUAUAUCACAGGCGCAAGUUGUCCUCCAAGGAAAGUCUAGAAGUGUGAUAAUUCGAGAACUCCAGAGAACAAACCUUGACGUUAAUUUGGCUGUAAAUAAUCUCCUGAGUCGAGAUGACGAGGACGGAGAUGAUGGAGAUGACACUGCCAGUGAAUCCUACCUACCUGGAGAGGAUCUUAUGUCACUGCUGGAUGCUGACAUUCAUUCUGCUCACCCAAGUGUCAUAAUUGAUGCUGAUGCUAUGUUUUCAGAAGAUAUUAGCUACUUUGGUUAUCCAUCCUUUCGGCGCUCUUCACUUUCCAGGAUAGGCUCAUCUAGAGUUCUCCUUCUUCCCUUAGAAAGAGACUCUGAGCUGUUGCGUGAACGUGAAUCAGUUUUACGCUUGCGUGAGAGGCGGUGGCUUGAUGGGGCCUCAUUUGAUAACGAACGGGGCUCCACAAGUAAAGAAGGCGAGCCCAGUUUGGACAAGAAGAACACCCCAAUACUGAGUCCAGUGUCACUGGGAGAAGACUUGCAGUGGUGGCCAGAAAAGGAUGCAACUAAAUUCAUUGCCAUUGGGGCAUUAUACUCUGAACUAGUUGCAGUAAGCAGCAAAGGAGAGCUUUACCAGUGGAAGUGGUUAGAAUCCGAGCCCUUCAGGAACCCACAGGUUGCCACCUGGGUUGAUGAAACUCUCAGCUCUGUUGCUUCAAAAUUAGAACACACAGCCCAAGUAUUCCCUGAACUACAGGGAGAGAAGAUUGUGUCUCUACACUGCUGUGCACUUUACACCUGUGCCCAACUAGAAAAUAAUCUUUAUUGGUGGGGAGUUGUACCUUUCAGUCAGAGGAAGAAAAUGCUUGAGAAAGCACGGGCGAAAAAUAAAAAACCCAAAUCCAGUGCUGGAAUUUCUUCAAUGCCAAAUAUCACGGUUGGUACCCAGGUUUGCCUGAGAAAUAACCCGUUGUAUCAUGCCGGAGCCGUGGCAUUUUCUAUCAGCGCUGGCAUCCCAAAAGUUGGUGUUCUAAUGGAGUCGGUGUGGAAUAUGAAUGAUAGCUGCCGGUUCCAGCUGAGGUCUCCGGAGAGUCUGAAAAACAUGGAGAAGUCCAGCAAGACCACAGAAGUCAAGCCUGAAAGCAAACAAGAACCUGUAAAGACAGAAAUGGGACCCCCUCCAUCUCCAGCAUCUACUUGUAGCGAUGCUUCUUCCAUUGCCAGCAGUGCUUCAAUGCCUUACAAACGCAGGAGAUCUACACCAGCUCCCAAGGAGGAAGAGAAGGUUAAUGAAGAACAAUGGUCCCUCAGGGAGGUGGUCUUCGUUGAGGAUGUCAAAAAUGUCCCUGUAGGCAAGGUACUGAAGGUGGAUGGUGCCUAUGUUGCUGUGAAGUUUCCUGGUACAUCAAAUAGUACCAGCAGCCAGUGCACUCCUGGAUGUGAUCCUGACCCAUCUUCACUUUUGCAAGAUUGUCGACUGCUAAGAAUAGAUGAACUUCAGGUGGUGAAGACGGGCGGAACACCCAAGGUCCCUGACUGUUUCCAGAGGACACCUAAAAAGUUGUGUAUUCCUGAAAAAACUGAAAUCCUGGCUGUGAACGUGGAUUCCAAAGGGGUUCACGCUGUUUUGAAGACUGGAACAUGGGUGCGCUACUGUAUAUUCGACCUUGCUACUGGGAAAGCUGAACAGGAGAACAAUUUUCCAACCAGCAGCAUUGCUUUUCUCGGUCAGAAUGAGAGAAAUGUGGCUAUAUUCACAGCAGGACAGGAGUCUCCAAUUAUUUUAAGAGAUGGAAAUGGAACAAUUUAUCCCAUGGCAAAAGACUGCAUGGGUGGAAUUCGAGAUCCUGAUUGGCUGGACCUUCCUCCAAUUAGCAGCCUUGGUAUGGGAGUCCACUCCCUGGCUAAUCUCCCAGCAAAUUCAACCAUCAAGAAGAAGGCUGCAAUUAUUAUAAUGGCUGUUGAGAAACAAACUUUGAUGCAGCACAUUCUACGUUGUGAUUAUGAGGCCUGCAGGCAGUACCUAGUGAAUCUGGAACAAGGGGUGGUUUUGGAUCAAAACACCCAGAUGCUGCAGACCUUCCUCAGCCACCGGUGUGAUGGCAAUCGUAACAUCCUGCACGCCUGUGUGUCUGUGUGUUUUCCAACCAGCAACAAGGAGACUAAAGAGGAGAAGGAAGCAGAGCGCUCUGAGAGGAACACGUUUGCAGAGAGAUUAUCUGCUGUAGAAGCUAUCGCUAAUGCCAUCUCUGUAGUGUCCAGCAAUGGUCCUGGAAAUCGAGCUGGAUCCUCCAGUAGCCGAAGCUUAAGACUGAGGGAGAUGAUGAGACGAUCUCUACGUGCAGCUGGACUGGGAAGACAUGAAGCUGGAGCUUCAAGUGAUCACCAAGACCCAGUGUCUCCACCUAUAGCUCCACCUAGCUGGGUACCAGACCCACCUGCUAUGGAUCCUGAUGGUGAUAUAGAUUUUAUCCUGGCCCCUGCAGUAGGAUCCCUAACCACAGCAUCCACUGGCACAGGUCAAGGGCCUAGUACAUCAACCAUACCAGGGCCUUCUUCAGAGCCUUCUGUAGUGGAGUCCAAGGAUCGCAAAGCUAAUGCUCACUUCAUCCUUAAAUUAUUGUGUGAUAGCAUUGUUCUGCAGCCGUACCUCCGAGACCUCCUCUCUGCCAAGGAUGCCAGAGGUAUGACCCCCUUCAUGUCGGCUGUAAGUGGAAGAGCUUACCCUGCAGCUAUAACUAUUCUGGAAACUGCACAGAAAAUAGCGAAAGCAGAAGCAAAUGCCAAUGAGAAAGAGGAGGAUGUUUUCAAGGCCAUGAUUUGCCCACCUGGCACAAAUGCAGAUGACUCCCCACUAUAUGUUCUUUGCUGCAAUGACACCUGCAGCUUCACAUGGACUGGUGCUGAGCACAUCAAUCAGGACAUAUUUGAAUGCAGAACAUGCGGUUUGUUGGAAUCUCUCUGCUGUUGUACGGAGUGUGCCAGGGUAUGCCACAAAGGACACGACUGCAAGCUGAAGCGCACAUCACCCACUGCCUACUGCGAUUGCUGGGAGAAAUGUAAAUGCAAGACACUAAUUGCAGGCCAAAAGUCUGCCCGUCUAGACCUUUUAUACCGACUGCUGACCAUCACUAAUCUAGUGACAAUGCCAAAUAGCAGGGGGGAGCAUCUUCUUCUGUUCCUCGUGCAGACAGUUGCCAGGCAGACCGUUGAACACUGUCAGUACAGACCUCCACGCAUACGAGAAGAUAGAAACCGCAAAGCAGCCAAUCCUGAAGAUUCUGAUAUGCCAGAUCAUGAUUUAGAACCCCCAAGAUUUGCACAGCUUGCCCUGGAACGUGUCUUACAGGACUGGAAUGCGCUUAAGUCCAUGAUCAUGUUUGGCUCUCAGGAAAACAAAGACCCUCUGAGUGCCAGCAGUCGAAUUGGUCACCUUCUCCCAGAAGAGCAGGUUUACUUGAAUCAGCAGAGCGGUACCAUUCGCCUUGACUGCUUCACGCACUGCCUUAUUGUCAAGUGUACUGCUGAUAUCUUGCUGCUGGACACAUUGCUGGGGACGUUGGUAAAAGAACUUCAGAACAAGUACACUCCUGGACGUCGAGAGGAGGCGGUAGCUGUCACCAUGCGGUUUCUGCGCUCUGUGGCUCGUGUCUUUGUUAUACUCAGCGUUGAAAUGGCUUCUUCCAAGAAGAAAAAUAACUUCAUUCCACAGCCAAUAGGCAAAUGCAAGAGAGUAUUCCAAGCACUGCUUCCAUAUGCAGUAGAGGAGCUUUGUAAUGUCGCAGAGUCACUCAUUGUUCCAGUGAGAAUGGGAAUUGCCCGACCUACUGCACCCUUCACAUUGGCCAGCACAAGCAUUGACGCAAUGCAGGGAAGCGAAGAACUGUUUUCUGUUGAGCCUCUCCCUCCAAGGCCAUCAUCUGACCAGUCUAGCAGUUCCAGUCAGUCACAGUCUUAUAUCAUUAGAAAUCCUCAGCAAAGAAGAAUUAGCCAAUCACAGCCUGUGAGAAGCAGGGAUGAGGAACAGGAUGAUAUUGUGUCUGCUGAUGUGGAAGAGGUGGAAGUAGUAGAAGGAGUUGCUGGUGAGGAAGACCAUCACGAUGAGCAAGAGGAACAUGGGGAAGAGAAUGCUGAAGCUGAAGGACAACAUGAUGAGCAUGACGAAGAUGGGAGUGACAUGGAGUUGGAUCUUCUGGCAGCUGCUGAGACAGAAAGUGACAGUGAAAGCAAUCACAGUAAUCAGGACAAUGCGAGUGGCCGCAGAAGUGUUGUUACAGCAGCAACUGCUGGCUCGGAAGCAGGUGCCAGCAGUGUCCCGGCUUUCUUCUCUGAAGAUGACUCUCAGUCUAAUGACUCCAGUGACUCUGACAGCAGCAGUAGUCAGAGCGAUGACCUUGACCAAGAGACGUUUAUGAUUGAUGAGCCUUUGGAGAGGUCUACAAACAGCAACCAUGCCAAUGGUGCUGCACAGGCUCCCCGUUCUAUGCAGUGGGCUGUGAGGAACACGCAGAAUCAAAGAACUCCUAACACGGCUCCUUCUAGCACUUCCACCCCUGCAGCGAGUUCAGGAGCUCUGAUUUACAUUGAACCAUCUAGUUUACGUCGAAGUGGAAACAUAAGCUCUAGUGCAGCAGCCGCUCUUGAAGCCAGCAACUCCAGUAGCUACUUGACAUCAGCAAGCAGCCUGGCAAGGGCUUAUAGCAUAGUUAUUCGGCAGAUAUCGGACUUAAUGGGACUCAUCCCAAAGUACAACCAUCUGGUUUACUCCCAGAUUCCCGCUGCUGUAAAGCUGACUUACCAAGAUGCAGUUAACUUGCAGAACUAUGUGGAGGAGAAGCUUAUUCCAACAUGGAACUGGAUGGUCAGUAUAAUGGACUCCACUGAAGCUCAGCUGCGUUAUGGGUCUGCACUGUCUUCGGCUGGAGAUCCGGGUCACCCGAACCACCCUCUUCAUGCUUCUCAGAAUCCCACCCGAAGAGAACGCAUGACUGCCCGAGAAGAAGCCAGCCUGAGGACACUAGAAGGCAGAAGAAGAGCCACCCUGUUAAGUGCCCGUCAAGGAAUGUCUGCUCGUGGAGACUUUCUGAACUAUGCGCUCUCACUAAUGCGUUCUCACAAUGAUGAACACUCCGAUGUGCUUCCAGUGUUGGAUGUGUGUUCCCUGAAACACGUGGCCUAUGUUUUCCAGGCUCUUAUUUACUGGAUCAAGGCAAUGAACCAACAGACUACAUUGGACACACCUCAGCUGGAGAGGAAAAGAACUCGAGAGCUCCUGGAACUCGGCCUUGACAAUGAAGAUUCGGAGCAUGAGAACGAUGAUGACACCAAUCAGAGUUCCACAUUAAAUGACAAGGAUGACGAUACGCUCCCUGCUGAGACUGGCCAGAAUCACCCCUUCUUCCGUCGUUCAGACUCUAUGACCUUCUUGGGUUGCAUUCCACCAAAUCCUUUUGAGGUUCCUCUUGCAGAUGCCAUCCCACUUGCUGACCAGCCACAUCUCUUACAGCCUAAUGCCCGGAAAGAAGACUUGUUUGGCCGUCCAAGUCAGGGCCUCUAUUCAUCUUCAGCUAAUAGCGGAAAAUGCCUGCUAGAAGUGACAGACAGAAACUGUUUGGAGGUUUUACCUACCAAAAUGUCCUAUGCUUCUAACCUGAAGAAUGUAAUGAACAUGCAGAACCGGCAGAAAGAAACAGAGGAGACCACUGCACCCCAGGAGGAAAUGGACAGCUCAAAGCCAGGACCAUCAGCACAUGAUCUGGCUGCUCAGUUAAAGAGCAGCUUGCUGGCAGAGAUUGGGCUGACAGAAAGUGAGGGCCCUCCUUUGACCUCAUUUAGGCCACAGUGCAGUUUUAUGGGCAUGGUGAUCUCUCAUGAUAUGCUUUUGGGUCGAUGGAGGCUGUCACUUGAGCUUUUUGGCAGAGUGUUCAUGGAGGAUGUUGGAGCAGAGCCAGGAUCAAUAUUGACGGAGUUGGGUGGCUUUGAAGUGAAAGAAUCCAAAUUCCGCAGAGAGAUGGAAAAACUUCGAAAUCAGCAAUCUAGAGAUCUGACCUUGGAGGUCGACAGGGAUCGAGACCUCCUUAUUCAGCAGACGAUGAGACAGUUGAACAACCAUUUUGGCCGCAGAUGUGCCACAACACCAAUGGCUGUGCACAGAGUAAAGGUCACUUUUAAAGAUGAGCCAGGGGAGGGCAGCGGAGUAGCCCGAAGCUUCUACACUGCUAUUGCUCAAGCAUUUCUGUCAAAUGAAAAGCUGCCAAGUCUAGACUGCAUCCAGAACACCAACAAAGGAACACAUACAAGUUUGAUGCAGAGACUAAGAAAUCGAGGGGAGCGUGACCGGGAAAGAGAACGGGACAUGCGUCGAAGCAGUGGUUUGCGAGCUGGUUCUCGGAGAGACCGGGACAGGGAUUUCAGGAGACAGUUGUCGAUUGACACGAGGCCAUUUAGACCUGCCUCGGAAGGGAAUCCCAGUGAUGAUCCAGACCCUCUUCCUGCUCACAGACAGGCUCUUGGGGAGAGGCUAUAUCCACGUGUACAAGCCAUGCAACCUGCAUUUGCAAGUAAAAUUACUGGUAUGCUGCUAGAACUGUCUCCAGCCCAACUGCUACUGCUGCUGGCCAGCGAAGAUUCUCUGAGAGCCCGGGUGGAUGAAGCUAUGGAAUUAAUUAUCGCACAUGGAAGGGAAAAUGGAGCCGACAGUAUUCUUGAUCUUGGCCUGCUAGAUUCUUCUGAAAAAGUGCAGGAAAACCGUAAACGCCAUGGAUCCAGCCGUAGUGUGGUUGAUAUGGAGCUAACUGAUACGGACGAUGGUGAUGAUAAUGCUCCUUUAUUUUAUCAGCCUGGUAAACGAGGAUUCUAUAGUCCCAGGCCAGGCAAAAAUACAGAGGCACGGUUAAACUGUUUCCGGAAUAUUGGAAGGAUCCUUGGCCUGUGUCUGUUGCAGAAUGAACUAUGUCCAAUCACGUUAAGUCGACAGGUUAUAAAAGUUCUCCUGGGCAGAAAAGUGAACUGGCACGAUUUUGCAUUUUUUGAUCAUGUGAUGUAUGAAAGUCUUCGACAGCUCAUCCUCGCCUCACAAGGUCCAGAUGCAGAUGCUGUAUUUGCAUCAAUGGACUUGGCAUUCGCUAUAGACCUGUGCAAGGAAGAGUGUGGUGGACAGGUGGAGCUCAUUGCCAAUGGUGUAAAUAUCCCCGUAACGCCUCAGAAUGUUUAUGAAUAUGUAAGAAAAUAUGCUGAACAUAGGAUGCUGGUAGUAGCAGAACAGCCUCUACAUGCCAUGAGGAAAGGACUGCUAGAUGUAAUUCCAAAGAGUGCACUAGAAGAUUUAACAGCAGAAGAUUUCCGACUCCUGGUGAACGGCUGCGGUGAAGUUAAUGUUCAAAUGCUGAUCAGUUUCACAUCUUUCAAUGAUGAAUCGGGAGAAAAUGCAGAAAAGCUUUUGCAGUUCAAGCGCUGGUUCUGGUCCAUUGUUGAAAAGAUGAGCAUGGCUGAGCGGCAAGAUUUAGUAUAUUUUUGGACGUCAAGCCCAUCUUUGCCCGCAAGUGAAGAAGGAUUUCAGCCCAUGCCGUCAAUUACCAUACGACCGCCAGAUGACCAACAUCUCCCCACCGCCAACACCUGUAUCUCUCGCCUGUAUGUCCCUCUCUACUCCUCCAAACAGAUUCUCAAACAGAAGUUAUUACUGGCUAUAAAAACCAAGAACUUUGGGUUCGUGUAGAUGAAAGUGUUCCCCCGUGUAAUAUAUCUAGCAAACAUGUUUUUGUAGAUCUUUUUCCAUUUGUCAGAAGUUUAUGAAGUCUCGCCCCAACCAUGGU